AUGAACUCACGUCUGACCGCCCCAGACGAAUACGAGCUCGUUGAACGGGAGUCUUUCGAAUCAGAUGAGGUAUUCGACCUUGACAGUCACGAUUUCCAGUCAAGCGGGCGAAGCGCAUCCUCGUAUGCCUCAAGAGUGCCUCUUAUGGGUAGAGCGCAGGCGCUCCUGUCGGUCCUAUUACCGAGAUGGCUGUUGAAGCAGAAGGGUUAUCAAAAGCUCCCAGCUCGGAGAAGUUCUUUAUCUCAACAGCGAAGAAUGAUCAUAGCAUUCCUUGUCAUUCUUACGUGCGUUUUCAAUCCUUCCUAUACGCGGCCACCAAAACGAUACCAGGACCUGAGGGCACGGGUGGAAGGCUCAAAGGAUGACGGACGCGCAAACCCAGGGAAUCAAAAGAUAUUUAUUGCGGCUAGUAUCUAUGACGAAGGGGGUACUUACUUGGUGGGGAUUGGGGUAAAGCGCAUUUACGAGAAUGAGAGUGGAGAGGACGCUCUAUCCGCUCAAAAGACUUUUGAGAAUGAAGUUCAAUGCCGAAAGUCGAUCGUCUGGGAUCGGAAUUUCACAAUGCAGGAUGUGCCUCAUGUCUCUCUACCAGAUGGGUCAAAAAGGAUCAAGCGCAUUGCAUUCCUGGCGGAAGUCCGUAACAGGGCUCUUCUUCCACUUGCAAAAGAGAUGUCCAGCGUGCAAUAUGACAAAAUCUUGUAUCUGAACGAUGUUCUUUUCCGUCCUGUAGACGCUGCUCAGCUCCUGUUCUCAACAAACCAUGAUAAAACAGGUCAGGCUUCCUAUCGCGCAGCUUGUGCGGUAGAUUUCGUCAAUCCGUUCAAAUUCUACGAUACUUUCGCUACAAGAGACGCGGACGGCUAUAGCAUGGGUGUACCGUUUUUUCCCUGGUUCACGAGCUCUGGUAGCGGUAUCAGCAGGAGCGACGUUCUCGCUGGCAAGGAUGCUGUGCGUGUGAAGAGCUGCUGGGGAGGCAUGGUCGCUUUCGAUGCCAGGCCUUUUCAAGCUUCGCAGCCUCUUCAAUUCCGGGCUUCAGAUGAUCUUUACUGGGACGCAUCUGAGUGCUGUUUGAUACAUGCUGAUUUGAUGCGGCAGACUGGUAUUGUCCAAGGCGGGAAUGUUGUUGGUAUAUAUAUGAAUCCUUUCGUGAGGGUAGCCUAUAGUGCACGUACUUUGAGCUGGCUAUACUUCACGCGGCGCUUUGAACGGCUCUAUACUUUGCCACAUUCACUGGUGAAUAGACUGGUUGGACUUCCGUGGUUCAAUCCGAGGCGUACGGAGGAGGCUGGGAAGAAGGUCGAGGAGAAGAUUUGGGUACCGAACAGUGACGACAAGAAGGGUGGAUCAUUUCAAGUGCAGGAAAGAAGGGCCACUGGGGAUGGCUUCUGCGGACGUAGAGGUUUACAGCUAAUCAAAGAAAGUCCGAGAGAGGAUGAGAAGAAUUGGGAAAUCAUGCCAGUCCCUCCAGAUUGA